GUUUUCUGAAGAGUAUCUCCUCGUGCAUCAAGCUUGGUCGUUCGAUCGCACUUGUUUUAUUUAUGCUGGAUUGGACCAUUUUCGUUAGCCUUCUCUCUUUCUCGCUGUCUCUCCUUGUCUCUCUCUCAACGAUACAUAAUGUCAUUGUGUCAAUGAAAUAGAAGACUCCAGACCUGUGUGUAAACUGUUCAACUUUAAUCAGAUAUUGCACAAGAUUGUAAUAUUGACAAAAUUAUGGAUACCGAUCCACCACAGUUUGUGUCGAAAGAUGAUGAAAUUCAAUAUUGGAUGGAACUCGCUCAUCAGAUACAUAGGAGGAAAGAGGACAUAGAAAGGGAAUUAGAGGAAUUUCAAGAAAAUUCGCAGCUAUUAGAAAAAGAACUGGAAGCAUCCUUAGAACAGGCAGAGAAAAAUAACAGAGAACUACGCCAACGGAAUACAAGACUAGCCACUGAAGUUGAACAAUUAAGAACUAGAUUGGAUCAACAAACAACAGACUGUGCAAUGUUUCAAGGGAAAGCUCAGGAUUUACAGACACAACAUGAUCAUUUAUUAAAGUACAUAAGGGAAUUAGAACAAAAAAAUGACGACUUGGAAAGAGCUCAUAGAAUAAAUAGGGUAACAGAAGAAGAGAUAGAAGCCAAACUUAAUUCUGCCAUUGAAAAGAAUGCUUUGUUAGAAUCAGAACUUGAUGAAAAGGAAGCUCUAAAAGUUAUAGUACAGAGACUGAUGGAUGAAAUUAGAGAUUUAAAACAGGAAAUUCAAGUUCAAGAAAGGCAUCAACCAGAUAAUGAUAAGUCAGCUGAUAGAGUUCGUAAUCACGUUGAUAGUAAUAAACUUCAAGUCGAAUUGGAAACACAUAUGUCGCCUAGUAACCCAAUAGUACCACAAUCCAUAUCUCCAAAUAAUACAACAACUUCGCCAUUAAAAAUUGGAAACAGAGUUGUAACUGGAAACAACAACAAUAAUAAUAACAACGUGAAUCCAUCAUUGACACCAUGCACAAGAAUAUUAGCGAUGAACAUGAUUGGUGAUCUUAUGAGGAAAGUUGGUGCAUUGGAGAAUAAGUUAAACACAUGUCAAAAUCCAUCUCGAGAGGAUCAAGCCGUUCGCGAUCUUUACAGGACUAGACGACAAGUUCGAGGUUUUGCCUCUGGCAACAGCAAUCACAUUCGAUUAUAAACAAGGGAUAAUAUUCCAAUAAUAAAAAAAUUUUUUGCAUUGUAUUCAUAUGACUAAUUUAUGUUAUUUUGAUUAACAAAAAUCUCACGUGCUAAUUUAUUAUAAAUCUCUAUAAGUAAGACAGGAUUAUUUAAUGUAAUUUAAUUAUUUAAUUAUCAUUUUACAUCAAAUUCGCAAUUUUUUAGUCAUUAUUUGUCUCUUUUUUUAUCAUAAUUCAAAAGUAUACUUAGUAAUAUCUUAUUUAGGAGUAAAUUUGUAAAUAAAUAAUCGAAAUUGUAAGUCUCAAUACCAUUAAUAAAUGAUUUAAUAAAAUUCAUCAUUGUGAUAAGUGAUAAUUCUAAAUAAUUGUGUAGGUAUUCACAAAUGAUAUUAAGGGAAGACACCAGUUAUCUUUCAGAUAAAUUUUUGCAAAUACAAAUAUUUUUCCAUGCUAUUCUUUAGAUUUUAUUUAAAUCACAUAAGACUUCAUCGUAUAAUUAAUUAUAUUUUGGAAUUUUAAAUUUAUUUUUAUUAAAAAUAAUUAUGUUGCAAAAUUUAAAUCUUUAUCUCUCCAUUACUUCACAAACAAAUGGUAAAAAAAUUCAUGUUUUUUCAAUGUUCCUAUUCUUAGCCUCUAUCUGAGUAUCUGUUUCUUAUAAAAAUAUUGAAAUUUACUAAUUAUAAUUUUCUUUAGUGUAAUAACUUGUUUAUCCACAAAAAUAUUUUGAUUACUAAAGAGAGAUGUGUAUUUAUAAAAUUUUAUCUAAAAAAUAACUGAAAGUUCAAUUUUGCCUAAGUAUCUUCCCUUAAGUAAUUUGUGAGCUUUAGUUUCGAAUAUAUAUAAUUUCUAGCACGAUUAAAACUUCAGCUACAUUAGAAAUGAUAUUGUAACAAUGAUAUUGUAGUGCAAAAUUUAACUUUUAUAGGAAAUUAGGUAUUUAUAUAUAUACAAAUAUAUAUAUUUAGAUACUUAUAUAUAUAUCUAUUUUUUAAUAAUAAAAGAAUAUCCUCUCAUGUCAUAAAAUAAUUCAAUUUUAUACUUUAAAAUGUGUAAAAGCUAUUUAAUUAUUUAUUUCUAUAUAAAUUAUAUGCUUUAAGCUACUGUGUAAUCAUAAAUAAUUUCAAGUUUGAGAUAUUUACAUAAAGUAGAAUCAUGCUAAUAAAACCAAAAAUUGAAAUAUAUUCAAUUAUAAUAUUGGAACAUUAUUAAUUUAUAGAUUCCGCUUAACGUAUAAAAUAGAAAUGAAAAAUUAUAUUUAAACGCAAUAAAUAUUACCGAUUUGUGCAAAUUAACUGUGAACUGUACUUUGAAAUGAAAAAUUAUAAGAAUUUACGUAAUAUUUGUAACAUAAAUUUGUAAAAGUAUAAACUGAACUAUUUGUAAAAUAAAGAUAUUGUAAACUA